UUGCUUGACCUUAGAAGGCAUACAUUCUGUUUAUUCUCUAUUACUUCUAUCUUCCCCUCGAGAUUCUACGGUAGUUCAUCAUGGCCAACCAAGGUCUUGACUCAGGGAAGACAGUCGGAUCCAAUAAUCCGGACAAGAGAGAAAACGAGGACAUUGAGCAGGGUGAAGUAUCAUCGGACGAAAAAGGGUACGACUCCAAUAUCGUUGACUGGGAUGGUCCCAAUGAUCCUGCGAACCCAAUGAACUGGUCAGCAUUGAAGAAGGGCCUUCAUAUCGCCUACGUUAGUCUCUUCGUCCUAUACGCAAACCUAGCCGCGACUAUGUUUGCUCCCGGAGCAUCAGAGCUAGUCAAAGAAUUCCAUGUCACCAAUUCCACGGUCGCCACAUUCACCGUCAGCAUCUACGUCCUGGGCUUCAUGGUCGGACCCCUAUUCCUCGCGCCGCUCUCCGAACUCUACGGCCGACUCGCCAUCUACCACAUCUGCAACAUUUUCUACAUCUGUUUUACCCUAGGUUGCGCUCUCAGUAAGAAUGUCAGCAUGUUUCUUGUCUUUAGAAUUCUCGCUGGCUGCUCUUCUGCUGGCCCCUUGACGAUAGGAGGUGGUACGAUAGCCGACGUGACUCCGCAAGAUAAGCGAGGCAAGGCGAUGGCCAGUUUCCUCUUAGGACCGCUUCUAGGACCCACAAUAGGGCCGAUCGUUGGUGGUUUCGUGUCCCAGUACAUCGGCUGGCGCUGGACAUUUUGGAUCAUCCUUAUUCUGUCCGGCAGUCUCAGUAUUGUAGCUCUUCUAUUCUUAAGGGAGACAAACGCCACGGUCAUCCUACAGAGAAAGACGGAGCGCCUUCGUAAGGAAACCGGAAACAGCAAGCUGACCUCCAAGUUAGAAUCAAAGCUAUCGCCCCGAGAACUGUUCGCUCGCUCCAUCGUCCGUCCGAUAAAAAUGGUCACCACCUCGCCCAUCACCCUCUUAUUAUCCCUCUACACAGGCGUGAUCUUCGGCCUCAUCUUUUUACUCUUCACCACAUUCCCAAGCAUAUUCGAGGGACAAUACGGCUUUAGCGCUGGCUCCUCCGGCCUGGCGUACCUAGGCCUCGGCAUAGGCAUGAUCUGCGGGCUAGCGCUGUUCACCCUGCUGAGCGACAAGCUGCUCGGCCAGACGGGAGGCGGCAGCAGCAAGCCGACCAAGCCCGAGAAGCGGCUCAUCCUGAUGAAGUGGUUCGCGCCCAUCACGCCCCUCGGCGUCUUCCUGUACGGGUGGAGCGCGUACUACAAGGUCCACUGGAUCGUGCCCGAGAUCGGGACGUUCAUCGUCGGGCUCGGCUCGCUCUUCGUCAUGCUCCCGUGCCAGACGUAUCUCGUCGACGCCUUCGGCCCGCAGGCCGCGGCUUCUGCUCUAGCGGCGAACGUCAUCAUCCGCAGCCCCUUUGGAGCGUUCCUGACUUUUGCUGCUCCGCCUCUGUAUGAUAACUUGGGGCUUGGUUGGGGUAAUACCGUGUUAGGAUUCAUCUGCUUCGCCUUCACGCCGGUGCCGUGGCUGUUCUACCACUAUGGCGAAUACCUGAGAACUCAUUUCGCUGUUAAGGUAUAAUAUUGCAUCAUAUUGGAUAUAUUGGAUAUAGAAAAAAA